AGUCUGAACUUUGUCAAUCUGUAAUGACACAGUUUUGUAUUUAGAGCAGGUCCAACACAUAUGUUUUGUGGGUAGUCAAGCUUCUGACAUUAGAACCUGUCCUCUUUCCACAUGGCUUCCAAUAUGCUCCAGAACUAUCCUCUGUCAGAAUCAAUACAGACAAUGUCUGUGUUCCUGUUACUCCUGGUUGCUCUGAAACAGAUAUGUGCUAUGCCAACAGCUUCAAUAGGAGACGUUGACGGAAAGGAGAAUGAAAUAUACCUGGACAUUUAUGAUAUCAACAAAGGUCUUGAUCUGCAUGAGGGUGACAUACUGCUGAAGUCUGAACAUUUAAGGAACGUCAUUCUGGGGGACCAGUACCGAUGGGACAUCCCAGUCCCCUAUGUUUUGGACCCUAGUCUCGACGUCAAUGCAAAAGGAGUGAUCCUACGAGCCAUGGAGCAGAUUCGCCUGAGAACAUGCGUGGACUUCAAACCUCGCGACACUGAGCCCAACUACAUCUCCGUGGUCAAGAACGAGGGAUGUUAUUCCUACGUUGGUAAUCAACAAUGGGGCAGCCAAACCUUGUCGAUUGGUCAGUGGUGCGACCAGCAUGCCAUUGUGGAGCAUGAGUUCCUCCACGCUCUGGGAUUAUGGCACGAGCAGUCCAGAUACGACAGAGAUGACUAUGUGUCUAUCAUCUGGGACCACAUUGAAAAAGAAAUGCAGCACAAUUUUGUCAAACAACUUGCAAGUCAAACCACCACCCUGGGAACUCUAUAUGACUACAACUCAGUGAUGCACUAUGGAAAAGAUGCCUUUACCAACGGCAACGGAUCCACCAUCAUCACUCUUCAGCCCGAGUUCCAGGAUGUGAUUGGCCAACGCCUGGAAAUGAGCCCCAACGACGUCCUGAAGAUAAACCUGCUUUAUAAUUGCACAUCUGCAGUUACCUUCAUGGAGUCCUGCAGUUUUGAAAACAGUAUGUGUAGCAUGACCCUUUGUGCCAGGGGCAAUGCCAGCUGGGAGAGGGUUAGCAGUGCCCAGGGUGGGCCUGCUUCAGAUCACACCCAUCAGGGGGCGCUAGAGGCCAGAGCAGACAUGCCUGGAUACAAUUCUUCUCUCUACAAUAAGACAAACCCUGUUCUUGAAAACAAGACCUCAACGCAUCAAAAUGAUAGCGUCGGCUAUUUCAUGCACUACAGCACGGCUUUGGUCAGAGAGGGAGAGGGAGCCAAGAUGCAGAGCAGGACUAUGAUGCCUGUCAGGUCAUUCCAGUGUCUACAGUUCUACUACUUUCACAGUGGGGGUACCCAAGACCUGCUCAACAUCUGGAUCAGGGAAUACAGAGAUGGUCCAAAUGAAGCCAUCCAGCUCAUGGGCCAGAUCACAGGUCCACCAUCUAACCACUGGCAGCUGCACCACGUGCCUCUGAACGCCACCAAAAGCUUCCAAGUGGAGUUGGAAGUGCUUAAAGGAGCAGGAAGUUCUACCGGAGGCUUUGCCAUCGACGACAUCAACCUGUCAGAGACCGAGUGUCCCCAUCACGUGUGGCAAAUCCCAAACUUCGAUCGCGUCCUGACAACGAGUGAGGAGGGCACCAUUCUGCUUAGUCCAAGGUUCUACUCUGCGGAGGGCUACGGGAUCCAGUUGCUCAUAAAACUCAACUCCGACUACUUUGGGCUCUACUUCCACCUGGUGUCCGGUCUCUAUGACGACCAGCUCCAGUGGCCUUGUGUUUGGAGGCAGGUGACUGUCCAGGUCCUGGACCAGAACCCUCAGAUCCAACAGCGCAUGUCCAAGCAGAUUAGCAUCACCACCGACCCCGAACGCACUUUUACUACCAGCAAAGGCGAUACAUUGUUUUACUGGGACAAACCCCAAAAGUUUGGAUUUCAGCUUUUUGACUCCAGCACUGACUCCUUUUACUACGCCGGCCCUACCCUUGGCUAUCGUAACGUCCUGUCUUACAAUGCACUCUGGUCAGGAAGCUACAUGAAGGGAGGCGAUGUCUUCUUUCUACUAAGUUUUGAUGAUAUAUCAAGUCUUCAUAUGAACCGGUCAGAUCUUCCCAAUCCUCGCCUGAAGACCGACUUCCAUAAUUUCUCACGGAGCGACAGAGCAGAUGAAGAGAUGUGUUUGAACCAACUGGGCAGGACUGUAUCAUCAACAACAACAUCAGCUACUGAGGCAGUAACAUCAUCUAUAACCAGUGGCAUCACUGGGACUCAGGCAGUAACAUCAUCUGCAGUCAGUUUAUUCACAGAUGUCAUACUUCUCCUUCUGGUUUUCCUUAUGGCCUUGCCACUACCCUGCUGACCCAAGUCCUGAGACUACAGAGAAACUCAGAACACACCCAGACAGGGAUAAAAUACUGACUUUUAUUUUCUGUGUGUUUGAGCUAUAUUACUGUGUAAAGUCAAAUCUAGUGUUAUACUAUCUUUGCUUUAUAGACAUGAUGUUAGAUCACAAAUCUUCCAAAGGGUUGUUGUGAAAUCAUGGACAAUAAUGUUAGUCAUGGAGUAAAGUGAAGCAUCAGUCGACAAUUCUUUUUAGUGACUGGAUUUGUUCUGAAACCUCUUGAUGAGAAGCAUCAGAGGGCUCUAAAACUGUGUAGGACUAGCAAACAGACAGCUUUAUGAUGUGAAAAUUGAGGUUUGGUUGGUCAGAAGCCUCAAUCAAGUUUGUUUUCACCGUAAUACUGAGGUGCGGAGACACAUGCUUGUCAUGCUCAGACAAGGUAGGGUCUUCUUCAUGACAAUUGUUCUCACAGAAAUAUCACUGAUGCGAUCACUGUAGAUGCAUUCCGUGUCUACACAUAAUUGUGCGGAUACAGAAAAGCUGGAAAAACCUGCUGAACUCAGGGUCAUGACCACCUGAAGAAGUUUUUGUUUCUAUCAUUUGUUUUAACGAUACACUUAGAGCUUACUUAACAAUAGCAAAUAUAUUUGGAAAGGACAAAAUGUUCCUUGUCGUGAAUCAUAUAAAUAACAAGACAAUGCUGAUGCUAUAUUAAACGUGAUAUUAUUAAGAAUUUGAUGGGAUUGUGUAGGUGAUAUGUUAAUGGUGUUUUUUAUACUUUUAAAACCCUGGAUCACUAUCAUUUAAUUUUAAAAUUUAUUUUUUAUAUUUUUAAAUACCUAAAUAACCAUCUAUAAACAGCAUAAAAGUGGUUUAAUGGUCAUUUAAAACCUUCAAUCCAUUAGAGUUCAGAGAAAAUGUUGUAAGAUUUUGUUUAAGAAAAUGUAAGGAAAUCAAAUGGAAAUAAAAUAUUUGUGACAUGAAUUUAUGCAAUCACAAGACAUGUUGCUAGACAAUAUUUGUUGCAUUCUCAUGAUAAUGAUCCAUUUUUUAAAUGCCAGCACGGAAUGAUCAUAAUGAUGUUUUGCGAAGGAAUCCUCUCCACACGUGAAAACGAUAGAUGGUUGACAAACUGCCACCUACUAAAAUUUUGUGUCAGUCAAGUUAGAACUAUUCGAAUGUUAUUCAAAUGUUUCAUCUUUUCAAAUCUCUUAUCUGUCAAUAACUAUGUAUUCAGUAUAUGAUAUUCCUGUCUCUGAGAUUC